AUGUCGUUUUUGCAACUUGACCGAGAAAGCCUGGGAGUGAUAAAGAAAUACCAAUUCCAAGAAGUGCUGUCAGCUCGGUUUGGGAUCCAGUUAACGCGAAAACAAACCACCGACCUACUAAAAAAGACUGGUGCCGAGGCUGACGAUGGACUGGUGUUAUAUGGAAAGUUUCUUGAAGCGUUUAGUCCACAAAGUGCUACUACUAAUGAAUCAUGUGAAAACAAUGUGGCGCCAAUGACUCCWCCAAKCGAUCGUCCAUCGACAACACCAGCACGAUCACCACGACCCGCUUCCACACGACCGGCAACCGUCCAAAGUAUAAGACCCCCCACGCAGGUGGAAACACGUGACRUUGACCAGCUAUUGGCAGAUAUAGGAGAGCUCGUGACUGACAAGUAUGACGUCAUUAAGAAGACAUUCAUUGGGAUUGACAAAAUAUCAAGAAAUUGUGGCCAUCUUACAAGAGAAACAUUUCGAAAACUCUUUGAUAGAUUUCUUGUUGAUGUAGAAAACCUCUGCAUCUUUAUGGAACAAYUUGCUUGCAGUACGGAUUUCAUUCUUCAAGUCUUCAGGGUUUUCGGUUUGCUCAGGCUGUUCAACAUGCAUACUUCUGGCAAUUCCACGGGCUUCAUCUUGAUUGGUUCAUUAUCACGAGUUCUGCAGAAUUAUGCUCGAAUGCAUGUCAAAGAGACUUUAGAACGAUUUCUUGAAGAGGAAGAAGAACARCAUUUUGAUGACAUUCCCAUGGAAACCACAGAAGACGACAAAAAUACAGARCAAAUCAAGGUCACCKUAACCGCUGACCAGGAAACAACGCUUAAACCAGGAGAUAUCGUGUUAAAAAUAAAAAAUGAGGUAAAAUCGAAUGACAGUGGAAACCCUCCCUACGACCACCUCUUAAUUCGGUCACCCCAUCAUAACGGCCAAAUAAUAGGUACGGGCGAAUUAUAGCCACAUACUUUUCAACUCAGGUAACACUGGCACCCAGUUAAUAGAAAGUUCCCUUCUGGGUCUCUCCGGACCAGACUCUCUCGGAGCGGCUAGGAACGCGUUGAUAGAGGCCCAAAAAGUCCUCGAUUUCAAGGGUCAGCGGAGUACAUAGUGAUACCGGAAGUUCAAUACACAGACUGGCGUGAUAUAAAGCGUGAUGUACAAAGU